UUCUUUUCUUCGGAACCGCGCCAAGGUUCGAAAACGAGAAACAAGACGGAUCGAGAGUGGAGUCGAAUUGUCAUUGUUGGAUGAGUAGACCUCUGGGCCCCGUCUCUCUCUCUUUCAUGUGUGUGUGUCUCUAUGUGUGGGAGGAGGAGAUCUGAAUAGCCGACAUCUCCUUGUGUGUUUAUAGUCGGCGUGUUUUUGAAGGAAAAUAUUAGACGAAGGCGUGUGUGCCCAGAACAACGAAAAAUGAUGUAAGAAAACUCCCGUUUUCGGCAUUUCUUGGGCCUCGGCAAGGAUUUUUUUCGUUAGUUUUGGGGCCGUUUUUUCCCCUCCAUUUUUCCUAUUCACUUUGAAUGACUCUUUCUCUCUCUCUCUUUUGUGUGUCUUUCGUCCCCUAUUUGGAUUCCAACAUUUUGUUUUUUUGUUUUUUGAAAAGACGUUUUUGGAUAUGCAAGUCCUUACCGGAUGAGUUGGGUAGACGGCGUUAAAUUUUAUUUAGCUGUUCGAUCAAAAAUGCACGUCGCCUUCUUCGCCUAUUGUUUCGUUCUCCUCCUCCUCCCCCUUUAAAAAAAAAAAAAAAUCUGCGUUUCUGGCCUCUCUCUCCGCAAUUCCACACGUCGGUUGACACGCGUCUACUCGUGUUGUCUGCAUUGUUUUUCGUUUGACUGAUAUCUCAGCGCACAAUUUUUACGAUCGUUUUUUUUUUCGUUCUUUCUUCAUUCAAUUUUGUUUCAUUGUAUGCACACACGCAGCUGUCCUUGGCAUGAAUAUUGUUGGUCAAAAUCGUUUGGACAAGUGUCGCAACAGGUUAGAGAGAGACGAAAGAGGCCAGAAAAUGAACCACCUGGAAAGAGAAUUGUGUACGCGUACAAAACAAUUUUAAGAUGGACGUCACGUUUGCCUCAACCCGACAUCGAGGCCUGUAAAAGAAAAAAACAAACAAAAAACAAACCCGUUUGUGUUUUAAGGGGAGGUCUUUAACUCGCCCCUCUCUGAGCACGUGAUCUGUUACGUCGGCCGUGUGUGCGGAUGAAUGAUGGAUGGAUGAAGGAUUGGACCCUCAACUGCAUAGCACAUCCCCAUGUACAGCUGGGGACACACACACACACACAAACAAAAAGAGAAAGCGGUUUCACGUUGGUUUAAACUUGCCUGUCGCAUCGGCAAUUUCUAGCGCAUAGUUUUUUUUUUAUUUAUAAAAUAAAAUCAGAAACAAAUGCAACGGACAGCAUUGUUGAAUGAGAGAGAGUACGUUCGGUGCACAGUUUUUAAAGCGGAAGGUCACGCAUCGUGAUUGAAUCGAUUCCAAAUUGAAUGUUUCAAAGUGUCCACCGCCUGUUGAUGUGUUUUCUUUUCUUUUUUUAGCUAUUUGGCUUCUGUUAAAUUUGAGGAAUAAUAAUAAAUUUAAAAAAACCUGAGAGAAAAAGGACCGGUAUAUUGCGUAUGAUUCGGCGCCGGCCUGGCCGACGGUUCCAGCCAUCAUUUUCAGGGUCACGUGUGUAUGCAGACACGCAUACACACGCUGCGUUAAAAAGACGUAGGGAAAGAGAGAGAGAGAGCGUUGAAUUUUUUUUUUUUUUUUUAGUCUUUAAUAGUUGGCUGUCGACGGUCGACCCUUGGCCAGUCAGACACGAGACGUUAACCGAGUCGGAUCUCUUUUUUUGUUGUUGUUUAGCGUUGGUUCCUUUCCCCUUUUCAAAUUCGUUUUUUUUUUUUUUCACUACGCCGGAUAAGAUUUGGAUUUAUUCGAUCCGAUUGCGGUGCUCAGUUGUUGUCGCAAGUGAAAGUGAAUAUUGAAACGUACUCGAAUAUAAACAAAAGAAAAAAGGGGGACGCCCGUCAAAAAAAAAAAUUGUCGGCUAUUUUCUCAUGUGUCAUUUACACAUUUUUGUUUCCCCUGUUUUCAAACUUUUGAUAGCGUUAUGGAACAAGUCGUGAAAUUUCCAACCUUGAAGCAACUGGAUUCCGGUGUAGUUAAGACCGCCCGUUGUUGAAUGAGAAGAGAGAGAGGUAGAGUAGAGUAUGUUGGUGUUAGUCGAGCCCGAGAUGCGGCCCAUUGCGGUAGCGUUCCAGGAGGAGGAGAACAAACGCUCUUGUUCUCCUCAACGUAUCUCUAACGGAGUGUGCCCGAUCCCGCCGAAAACGCCGAUGCACACGCCGAGGGCGUCCGACAAACGGGCCCUGGCCGAUCAGCAAUCUGCCGCCGCCACGGCGUGCGCACCUUCGACUCGACUCUCCGGAUUGAUGAAGAGGAUCCAGGCCAAAGCCAACACUUGCCAAACGCAAUUGGAAUCGUUCGUCAGCAACGUGUCGUUGGCCGUUCACGGCAAUAAGAAGACAGUGGCCGUUAAAAAUUGCCCGCAAGGUGUCGUCAUCGGACCCGUGCCGUCCAGUCCCGUAUUUGCUCACUACAGCAGUGUCGUUGGGGGUAGGAGUAACAGUCUACCGAGACCCUACACCGCUCACCCUGGACAGCCAAUUAUCAAGAUUGGAGGAGAGCCGGACAGGCCGGUUAACGAGGAGACGGACAAGGAGAAAGAGAAGAAUGCAGCGACUAAACAUACGUACGUUAUUAAACUUGCCACGUUGACUCCGGCCACUGUUUCGUCGAAUCACCGACGGAAUCAAGUGACGCAACAGCAACGCGGCCCGCCAGAUGGCCCGUUCAAAACGUGGAACGCGCCGGGCGGGAACAGGACGAGGCCGGGCCUGUCGCUGGUCGGUUUCCGGCCGGACAAGCACGUCACGUGCAUCGAAGUGACUCUGAUCAACAACAAGACGUCGGAGCCGACGACGCCCGUCUCGGAAGAGCCGCCCGGCGUUGCGGAAGAGGCGGACGCCAAGUCGCCAGCGGCCAACGGCGCCGGAAUGAAGACGUACUGCUUCGGCGAACUGCCGCCGGAUGGCGAUAAAUCGCCCAGCGGGACGCUGAGCUCGCGCAGCAGUUCCAGGGGCUCCGAACAAUUCGAUUCGGGCUUCGAGGAGAUGGCCAAUCGCAAGCUGACGCCGCCGCUGCAGACGCCGCCGUCGUCGACGUCCAUCAUCCGCACGAUUUUCGACAAAAUCGGCGGCCACGAGAAGCAGCGAACGCCCAAAGUGCAGGCCAAACGGAGCACGAUCCGCAGAGAGAAGGCCUUCCGGCAGCGCAACAAACACGCGUGGUCGCGAGCCAAAGAGAUCCAGCGCAACGACGAACUGCUCCAGCGCUUCCAUCAGAUACGCAAGCGGCUGGGAGAGGAAGACGAGCAGGACGACGCGGCGGCCAUGCUCCACAGCCAGUUGCUCUCGACGGAGUCGGCCAUGAUGCCCACCGUCGGAGGGCUGCCGUCCGAUUUGCUCUGCCCGCUGCCGUCCAUCGUGCAGACUCUAGUCCGUCAAUACGACACGGGAGGGCCGCAGUCUCGUCCCCGUGACAAGAUUUUCCCCUCGCGACUCAAUUCGAAACGAUCGUCCCGUCUCUCUGCCAAGCAACAGCGCACCGCAUCCAGCGAUAGCGACGACAUUUUAGUCAGCCCCACUCAGAGGGCCUUUGGUCACUUGAGCCUAACCGGUUGUUCGACCGGUUCGGCGGUGGUGGCGGACAGUGGCGGAGACACUUUGGCCGCUCCUUCUCCACCGUCGCUGUCUUCGAUGAUUCAAUCGACGGCGGCGGUGGCAGCGGCAACUGCGGGCACCUCUAUCGCCCACCAGUACACGGUGUCCACUCCGUCUUCACUACUCCCGUCUCCCUUCUUCUCCUGGCAAUAACGGUGUCAACCAUCCGUUGCAUCCGCAACAGCUCCAACUUCAGCUCCAACAGCAACAGCGUCAGUCCUACACCCGUUCACUCUCGUCCUCGCCGUCUGGCCCAGCCGAAGCCGAGGGCGGCGGUGGUGGUGGUGGUCCGAUUCCCGUCAUCGAAUUCCCCGAUGAUGAG